UUCUGCUGCUUCUGCUGCUUCUUCUCCAUCACUCCCCAUUUCCCUUUUACUUUAUUCUGCUUCUUCCCCCACCUCUCUCUCUCUCCUCCAAAGAAAGUCGUCUCUUGCAUCGAAGCCACAACACACGCACUCUCUCUCUCUCUCUCUACAUGCCCUUCAAGCUCUCUUCCACAUUGGGCCAUCACUCUUCUUCAGUUUGUUCUUUCGGUUCCGGUUUCAAGAAGAGGGAAGAAGAAAGCUGGUAAAUUUAGCAGCUCCCGGAGCUCUUCCGACGGUAACUACCAAAGGGUGGUCCAUCAUGGGUUGCGUCUCCUCCAACCUGCUGAGCCACGAUGACGAGUUCUCCCCCCUCGGCACCUCCUCCGCCCUCGGCCACCACAUCGUCUCCCUCACCUCCACCACCUACGGCCUCCUCACCCUCGACCCGCCCCCCUCCGCCGCCGCCGCCACGACUCCGCCGACCCCUCCGCCGCGGUUCACCCUCGGGUCCAUCUUCCCCUCCCCUCUGGCCCUCUCCGACCCCAGGUCCUUCCGCUCCGAAUCCAAGCCCCUGUGGUCCGACCCGACCCGACCCGAGAUCAUCAACUCCUGGGAGCUCAUGGCCGGCCUGGACGCCGAAAGCUUCCGCUUUUCCCCUCUCCCCCAGCCCAGAUUCAAAGACCCUUUUGGCACCGACAAAGAGAAUUCGAACCCUAACUCCGCUUCCCGCGUUAAUUCGUUCAAAUUUCAAAUUCACCCAUCCCCCGUUCCCAAGCUGCCGCCGCCACCGCCGCCGCGAGAUGGUGGCGACAGCGAAGUCCCGAGCCUGCCUGCUGACGUGGCAGCGGUGAAUCCCGCGCUCGACAGGUUUGAGUACCUCUGCCCUCCGAGCGGGGAGGACCGGGUCGUGAUCUACACCACCACUCUGCGAGGGGUGCGGAAGACGUUCGAGGACUGCAAUGCCGUGAGGGCGGCAAUCGAGGGGCUUGGCUUGGCGUUGUGCGAGCGGGAUGUGUCGAUGGACAGCGGGUUCAAGGAGGAGCUGAGGGAGCUGAUGAAGGGGCGGGCGAGGGGGGAGGUCGUGCCGCCGAGGGUCUUCGUGAGGGGUAGGUACUUGGGCGGGGCCGAGGAGGUGAUGAGGAUCGUCGAGGAGGGCGGUCUGGGGGAGCUGCUCGAGGGCUUGCCGAAGAGGAAGGCGGGCGUGUUGUGUGAAGGGUGUGGAGGCGUGCGGUUCUUGCCUUGUUUCCGGUGUAAUGGGAGUUGCAAACUGGUGGUGACUCUGGUGACCGUGAAGGAGGAAGGUGAAGAUGGAGAGAAACCAGAGAGGGUUGUUGUGAUGGUUAGGACUUCAGGCUGAACAGCAUGGGUAGGAUUAACAUGAUCUAAGCAAAGAAUACUUGUAAUUGGAAAUGCUGAUAUUGACAUUGGACACGAUGUUAGACAAUGAUUUAAUGAUAUUCUCGGGCCACUGCAAAUGAUUUUGGUCAUCGAGCUGUGGUAACGCGUAUGAGUUCUGUCAGUUUCUUUGCUAAAUCAUCAUUGCAAUUCGAGUCUGGAAUAAGUCUUGAAAUGAUAUAGCUGCUUCUCGUCUAGGAAAUUAACAUAAGCUAGAAGUAUGGUCUUUUGAAACUGGAUCAGCGUGAGACUUUUGCAAUGAGCCAUCUUUGUAGGCAAAUGAAGAGCCAGUCUUCCAAUCCAGGCUUGUUUAUUGUGAAUGUUAAAGUAUUCUUAUCCCUUGCUCUGUUCAUCUUUCUAUGAGGAGCAUUUUAUACACUUCCAUCUAGGUAAAGCACUUUGGAAGAGAAGCUGAACGAGAUAUGGAUCAUUUUGUCAUUGACGCAACUUUAUAUCUUGUAAAGACGUUUGCAUUUGUGUUCUA